AUGGCCCCUUCCUCCAAUGACCACCAGCUCCUCUACCUCUCCACGUACGGGCAAGAUGUGCUUGUCGGAAACCCUGAGAACCCCGAGGACUCUCACCUGAUCACCCGUGACCAACUAAAAUUAUUCAUCAACUACUCCCAUGCCCUGCGCAACAAGUCCCUCGACGACUGCCCCCCGAGUCCCUUGGGGUACGAGUUCUUCGCGCAUGCCUUCAAUAGUGAAGGCCUAUCAUCCACGGCAUCCUAUAUCAAUGAGAACGGAGUUGUAGUCAGCAUGGGGGCCGCUCUGGUCCUCUCUGAUAUCAUGGAAGAAGAAGACGACGUUGAGAUUACCGUCUCGUCGUCGCGAAUGGAGCAGCUCGAUAAAAUGGUAUGGCACACGGCCCUCAGCGCCUCCUACCAGCGCAAGAAAAUGGAGGCUAGACAAGCGAAUCAGAGGAAAGAAAAGAACUAUGGUCGCAAGCAGGACCAGAAGCUCACCAAGAAAGGGUUGGGGAAGGUCCGUAAGCUGAUGACCUUGGCGCCGGCGAACGUCGUCGCCGGGCCUUCAACCCCUCAUACCACUGCCGAGGAAGCCAUGAAUGAGUAG